AUGCCCAAAUUCGACGGCGCCCGCACCCGUAGCCGCAGCCGCGCCAACACCACCUCCCGGAAAAUCACGCCCGACUCCGCCAGCAACAUCCCGGACCCCUCUCCACAGCAGCCGCACUCCACCUCCUACGCCUCCACCCCACGCACCAGCACCCGAACGACAAUCCCAGCCAACCCCAUCAUCCGCGUCUACGCACCCUCGCCCUCACCCUCGCCCACCUCGCCAACCACCCCCCACCGCAGCCACAGCCGCCAACACCUCCAGUGCGCAGACCGCUCCACCCGGCUCACCUUCGCACUCGGCUUAAUCCUCGGCGCGAUCGCAUGCGGCCUCGCCCGUACCAUCGCGCCAGAAUUGACGUCUAUCCCCUCGCCGUAUCUGCCGACCAGCUUAUCCAAUAGAUCUGCCACCGGUCACGGUGCCCCCAGGACGAGACCGCAGUCCUUCAUCACGCCCCAACACCUCGCGUGGAUAUCGUUCGUCCCGUCGCUGUGUUGGGCGGACAGCACCGUGCUGGAUCGGCUGCCGGCGCUUGACGAAGUCCCUGGGAGGGAGUUGGGAGUUUUUGGGGCGGAGGGGCUGGGGCCGCAUGGGGAGGAUGACGGCAAGGGCUGGAAGGAGGGCGGGGUGGGUGGUGGGUUGAGUGAGGAUGAGAAGGAAGUGGGGGAGGUUGCGGAGGGGGUGGGGAGGGAGAGGAGGUUGCAGAGGUGUAAGGAGGCUGUUCUGAAGGGUGGGGAGCGGAUGAAGGAGUUAUUCGAUGAUGGGUUCACUGGGGGAGAGGAGGGGGUCAUGGUGAGGGUGAUGACGGGGGCGCAGAGGGCGGUGGUGAAGGAGGUUAUUCGGGUGGCAGAGGAGAGUGCCGCUUUUGAGUGUAUGACGCAGAGGGAGAAGGUGAAGUGGGUGAGGAGCAUGGAUGAGGGGUUGAGAGUGGAGGAGAGGGAGAGGCGUAGGGCGGAGCUGCAGAGGCUGGGUGGUCUGAAGGGAUGGUGGGCCGAGACGAUUGGUUGGCCGUAUUGA